AUGGCGACGAUGUACCACCGCACCGUGGCCUCUGUCUCUGAGCUCACCUGCAUCUACUUGGCCCUCAUCCUGCAUGAUGAUGAGGUGACCACAACGGCCCUGGCAAAUGUCAACCUUGGGAGCCUCAUCUGCAACGCAGGUGCUGGUGGACCUGCCCCCUCCUCUGUUGCUACUCCAGCUGAGAAGAAGAAAGUGGAAGCAAAGAAAGAAGAAUCUGAAAAGUCUGAUAAUAACAUGGGAUUUGGUCUUUUUGACUAA